AUGGCCAACGUCCACCUCCAGUGGGCCGACACGCCCUGGACGCUCGAGGACCAGACGCUCAGGGUGACCUAUGGGCCCUGCGACUCGCUCGAGGCGGACGGGGAUCACGUGCUCGUCGCUUCUUCCCAAGGCCCCAUGCGGCGUGGUGAAGCGCCUCCCACGAGAGCCGUCUGGUUCGUGGAGGAGGACAGCCGCGAGCAGGGCUGUCUCUCGGCGUGGAUCGGCGACGAGCUGGCGGCCAGGUCGGGCCUGCUAACGAUCGUGCAGAACGAGCAGCAGGUCAAGCGGAGGGCGCGCGACCUAGCCAAGCGCUCCGACAACGAGCCCAAGAUGAGCGAUUUUGACACGACUGGUCUCUGGUUCGAGGGCGUCGAGCACGCACGGGCAAAGCACCGCUCCUCGGCCUUUGUCUCGGGCGCAAAGGACGCACGCAUCGCCAUCGUCGGCGCGGGCAUGUCCGGCCUCAUGACGUCGCACCUCCUCGAGUCCGUCGGCAUGACCAACUACACCAUCAUCGAGGCCGCACAGCGCUUUGGCGGUCGCGUGCACACCGAGUACUUUGACCCGGACAAGAACAAGCACGUGUACCAGGAGAUGGGCCCCAUGCGGUUCCCCAAGACGAUGACGGACCCGUCGACGAACAAGACGCUGGCCAUCCGCGACUCGUACAUUGUCUUCCAGCUCGCCGAGGAGCUCAAUGCGAUCAACAGGGGAAACGACAACCGGACGGUCGAAUUCAUCGACUGGACCCAGUCGGGCCCCGGCAACCUGCAGUACAAUGGCGGCUUCAAGCUGCCCAGUGGCCUGCCGCCCAACAAUGCGCAGCUCAAGGCAAACACGACAUUGGCAUCGGCACUGGCCGGCGGCGAGUCGCCGCAGCUCCAACAGGCCGAGGCGGACAUCGGCAAUCUGACGGCGACCGACAGCCUGCGAGCAAAGGUCGUCACCAACAUCUUCCAGGCCCACCACGACUGGAUCAAGGCCGGCUUGGACGACUUUAGCGAGUUUGGCUACCUCCACGACCGCCUCGGCUACGACCUCGACACGACCGACAAGAUCACGCAAGGCUCCCUGGGCGCCGCGACGAGCUUCUGGGACACGUACUAUGAGGACACGUGGUUUGCAUCGACCACAACGUCGUGGAAGACCAUCGACCGCGGCCUCACGCAGCUGCCCAUGGCCUUUUGGGGCACGCCUGCCGCCAACAAGACGGUCAUGGGCCGCAAGAUCUUCCGUGUGGACAACGACGAGGCGACGGGCCGAGUGCAGCUCCACUGGAAGCCCAACAACACGGCGUCGACGCGCGACGCCCUGAGCGAGACAUUCGACUAUGCCGUCGUGUCGGCGCCCUUUUCCGUCGUCAAGUACUGGCGGACGCCCAACGUGUCGGAGCGCAUGCAGCGGGCCAUCAAUAACCUCAAGUACAGCAACUCGUGCAAGGUGGCCAUGCAGUUCAAGUCGCGCUUCUGGGAAAAGGCGCCCUUUGACCCGCCGAUCCAGGGCGGCUGCUCCAACACCGACCUGCCGGGCAUCCGCAACGUGUGCUACCCUUCCUACGGCAUCGGAAGCGACGGGCCCGCCGUCGUCCUGGCCGAGUACGUGUCGGGCGACGACGGCGACCGCCUCGUCUCGUGGCCGGAGGAGUACCACAUCCAAUUUGUCCUCGACUCCAUGGCGGAAAUGCACGGCGAGGUGGUGUACGACCAGUACGAGACGGCGAGGCGGCGCUGCUGGGGCCUCGACGAGUACCAGGGCGCGGCCUGGGCGAGCCCGAUUGCCGGGCAGCACAAGCUGUACAUCCCCGAGUACUACAAGACGCACAACCGCACCAUCUUUGUGGGCGAGCACACGAGCUUCACCCACGCCUGGAUCUCGUCGGCGCUCGAGUCGGCCGUGCGGGGCACGACGCAGCUGCUCCUCGAGCUGGGCCUCGUCGACGAGGCUCAGCACAUCACCAAAAAGUGGAUGGGAAGGUGGAUGAAUGUGUGAC